UCGGCCCCCUACUCCGGGGAUCUCUCCUCCGGCACGACGUCAACUGCCCUGCCAGACUCAACCAGCACCGCCAGCCUCGUCUUGGCCUCGUCGACGCCCUACGUCCUGAAUGACUCCGUCUCUGUACGCUCGACAAUCUCCAUCUCAAACGACUCGGAUGCAGCAGCUUUCUUCCAGCUUCCCCUCAGCGAGGAAGCCAAGCAACAGCCAAUCCAUGUAGCAGUCUCCCUCUGCUCCGGCCCAAAUGACGGCGUGAGGCCAGACAUCUCGCGCAACGCCUCGUCGAGCACUCGACGCUCAAUGCUCGAGAGCAGCUUGGCGCGCGUCUACGUCUCCUUGGUCAAUAGCACAUCAAAGCCAGGUCCGCCGCCAGUAGGUCAGGGGGACGACGAUGACACAGUUCCCACGCCUGGCGCACUCGCCUACGCUUGGGGAGGCUUUGCGCAGCUAUCCCUCAAUACGGGAGGCACAGACAAUCCAGAAUCGGUAUGGGUCGGCGUGUGGCCGCCGCGAUUCAAUUGGGGGGUUGAGGGAGACUUUACGGUGCAGAUCGUCGUGAGCACGGGCGUGCCUACAUUGAAUCUCGAGAAUCGCUACGGCGUAACGCUGGACGAUACAGACUCAACGCGGGCCCUUCUUACAUCGUUCAACUAUACCGUCUCCAGUCCCGAUGUCCCCGACAACGGCAUUGGACAAAGUGUGGCGCCCAAUAUCUCUCUAGUGGUCCUUCCCACCUUUGGGCAGUACAGUCUGCCUUCACAGUACUACAACUCUUCCUUCUGCGCCCUGCAAGACGCGUGGUCAGCCUUCUCCUCCUCAGCGGCCUCCCCUGCCAUCAACUCGAGUGAGACGACGAGGGGGAGUACGGCUCUAUUCGACGUCUUCAAUCGUCGCCUGCAGUUCGAAGUCGCCGGGCUGCAACCGGAGACGAACUACACUGCUUGGCUGGUCAGAAACGUGACGAACAGCACGAAUGUGCCAGGUAUCUCCCUGUAUCCUGCUGUCAAGCUCAAGACGAAGGGGACAGAGACGUGCAGGUUGGUCUACGAUGUCGACUUCUGCCCGCAGGUGGCUUACUCGAUCCCAAUAGGGCCGGGAGUGCCUACGGAGGAGGCCCUCAACGUCAUCAACUCGACGGUGAGCCCCAACUACGCCAACUUCUCCAAGACCAUCUCGACUUUCCCCUGUGACGACCCGUACUUUGGAUCCUACUCGAGCGUACGAACCUGCAUAGACUGCAAGCGCGCCUACCAAGACUGGCUCUGCGCUGUCACAAUGCCACGCUGCACCGACCCGCUGUCCGAUCCCGGCAAUCAAUCAGCAGCGGUAACAGACGUCGACUCCCUCGUAGGCCGCGUCUCACCCCUCAACACGCGCACCCUUCCCUACAUAGUGAAUCGCAACGUCUCUCACUCGCGUCACGGUUUCGCCGGCGGGCAGCUAGGCGUGGACUCGACGUACGGUGAGGUGCUUCCCUGCCUCUACACCUGCCUCUUCGUCACGCGUAACUGUCCUGGACCUUUGAUUCAGUGGGCUUGCCCCGCCUGGGAUUUGACAGCGCAGCAUGACUAUGGGACAUUUGCUGAUUCUGGGCAUCAGGGCUUGGGAGCCGCACUGAACGGUGGAGCUGGAGAUGACCUUGCGAGGUGGGGAGGACCGCUGAGAUACAUUGCUCAGGACAACUUUGGGAAUGCGUACUGCUCUGCGAUGGGGGUAGAUAAGUUCCUCAGAGAGCAGAACGCUUCGCCGCGGUUGAUGAGAGGAGGAGGUGGCGAGACGCGAGCAGUAGCGGUCGUGGCUGCCGGUCUAGCGGUGCUUCUUUCUUGUUUACUUUUGUAGAUCAUCAUGGGACUCUGGAUUCUGACGACGUGACAACGCACAAUACAUGAACAAUGCCCUGCCCUGUCUCCAUCUCGUCUUGCUCGCCUGCCUUAGGCCGAAGCAACCCUAGGCGUCGACGGAGGCUCGAGCCCGCCAGCCUCUUUUUGUCUCUUCUCCUUGCCGCCAAAGUAGUUGUAGUUCAAAAAUCUUCCCCCCUGCACAGCCUGAGCCGUAGCAUUUGUGGCGUGGCAUGCGAGCAGCAGAUAGUUCCUCG